AUGGUGUCCAGCAGAACGGCAGUAGAGAGCAGUUGUCCUCUGGGGAAAUUCCCCUGUGGUAACGUGACGGUGUGUCUGCACCAGGCUCUGCAGUGUGAUGGACACAGAGACUGCCCCAAUGGAGCGGACGAGGAAAACUGUGGGGACAACAGCGGAUGGGCGGACAUCUUUGAUCGAACCGUCAGAAAGGUCGACCCACAGGGCCUACCACCACCAGAAGACUGCUUCUUGCAGCUGUACCCAGAGCAUUGUGACUGUAUCAAGACAGAACUGGAGUGUGUGGAAGUCAACCUACAUGACGUUCCUCAAGUCUCCACCAAUGUCACCUGGCUGUCUCUGAAGAGUAACAAGAUAAAGAGCUUGUCUGACAACAUCUUCUCCAAAUACACACACCUGCAGAGACUGUUCCUACAGAACAACAGUAUUCAGACCAUCUCCAGUCAAGCCUUCAGUGGACUCUACAAACUAGAGAAACUGUUUCUUAGUGUGAACUCCAUUUCAUCUCUCAAACUGGGUGUGUUCAGUGAUCUCCGUAAUUUAUGGUGGCUGGUGUUGGAUCAUAACCCUUUGAAAAGUAUCUCCCAAGACACCUUCACCGGGCUCACCUCCCUCAUGUUCCUUUCCAUGGUGAAUACGUCUCUGGUGCAGCUCCCCGAGCCCAGCCUCUGUCACCACACACCUAACCUCAGCUGGGUGGAUUUUGAGGGGAACCAGGUCUUAACCAUCAACUACUCCACUCUGAUGACCUGCAGCCAGCUCACUGUACUCCUCCUGAUGAACAACCGGAUUCACACUCUUCCUGUACACUCUUUUCAGACUCUGGUGCUGCUGGAAGAACUAGAUCUGUCCAACAACCGGAUUAAGGAGCUCCCCAACAACACCUUUAAGAGCUUAAAGUCCCUCGUCAAACUGAACAUAUCCCAUAAUCCUUUGUUCCACAUCCACCCGGGUCACUUUGACGACCUGACCCAGCUCCAGUCCCUGGGUCUGGAGGGUAUUGAGAUUCCAAACAUCCAGACCAAGAUGUUUCUACCCAUGGGGAACCUCUCACACAUCUACUUCAAGACCUUCCAGUACUGUUCCUACGCGCCCCACGUGAGAACGUGUAAGCCCAACACAGACGGUAUCUCUUCCUUCGAGGACCUGUUAGCCAACGUGGUGCUCAGGGUCUCUGUGUGGGUCAUGGCCUUCAUCACAUGCUUCGGGAACCUCUUCGUCAUCGGGAUGAGGUCUCUGAUCAGGGCGGAGAACAACCUACACGCCGUCUGUAUCAAAGUCCUCUGCUGUGCAGACUGUCUGAUGGGAGUGUACUUGUUCUUUGUCGGUGUGUUUGACGUGAAGUUCCGAGGGGAGUACAAUCGUAACGCUCUCCUGUGGAUGGAGAGUGUGGAAUGUCGAACCAUCGGAUUCCUGGCUAUGCUCUCCUCAGAGGUAUCAGUUCUGCUGCUGACCUAUCUGACUCUGGAGAAGUUUCUGGUCAUAGUGUUUCCCUUCAGUCACCUGAGACCUGGAAAACUGCAGACUGCGGUGGUGCUGUUAUCUAUCUGGGUGCUGGGGUUCAUCAUCGCCGUGGUUCCCCUGAUGAACGAGGACCUGUUUGGGAACUACUAUGGUCGUAACGGGGUCUGCUUCCCCCUACACUCAGACAGACAGGAGAAGCCCAUUGCUAAAGGAUACUCUAUCGGCAUAUUCCUGGGUCUGAACCUGGCAGCAUUCCUAGUGAUCGUGUUCUCCUACUCCUCCAUGUUCUACUCCAUCUACAAGACUGGUAUAAACGCUACAGACCUGAGGAGCAGGCUACACAGGGACGUGGCUGUAGCUAACAGGUUCUUCUUCAUCGUCUUCUCUGACGCCCUCUGCUGGAUCCCUAUUUUCCUGGUCAAGACACUGUCCCUGCUGCAAGUCGAGAUACCAGGUACCAUCUCAUCCUGGGUGGUGAUCUUCAUAUUACCCAUCAACAGUGCCCUGAACCCCAUCCUCUACACUCUGACUACCAGCUUCUUCAGAGAACAGGUGGAGGUUCUGCUGUGUCGUUGGCAGAGAAGGUCGACCCUGAAGAGGAACAGGAAGAGCCUGACCUCUACUGUUUACAUUGAGGACUCACGGAAUACACUCAACCAGCCUCCAGCAUACCUACCUACUGUACCCCGGCUAUCACUGAAUGAUAUGGAUCCUCGCUAUGGGUGAAGGGGAGGAAGGGCUGAGAGAGGACCCUCGCCAUGGGAAAGAGGGAGUGAGAGUAGGGAAUGAGAGAGGACCCUCGCCAUGGGAAAGAGGGAGUGAGAGUAGGGAAUGAGAGAGGACCCUCGCCAUGGGAAAGAGGGAGUGAGAAAGAGGGAGGGAGAGUAGGGAAUGAGAGAGGGAAAAAAAACGUCGCCCCCCAUGACCUAUCUGCCCAGCAUGUCUGAUAUGGAUCCUUCGCUACCGGUGAGAGAGGACUAGACUGCUGCAUACAAAUGGCCCGUUAAGACCAGGGCUGUUCUGAAGAGGGCUGUUUUGAGACUAAUGGAUAGGGUUAUUACUACCGCAAAUGAAAAUGCCCUUUGGUGGGACAAUAACGAUUCGUUCUCAAAAGAGCCAAGCCCCUUCACUGGAGCAAACUCACCUCUUCCACAGUACAGUACCAAUGACUGUGUCUGAAACGGUACACAGACAAGUGUCGCAAACCACCUGUUUGGACCGGGGCGGUCCUGGAGGAUGGAUGGUGUGUUUACAUAUGAACUCUUUGUCAACAAACCUCUCUUUGUUUGUUUGUACAUAUUCUACUGAAUUAUGUGUUUCUUUAACCUUCUAGAUCAGUGUUUCCUGGUAGUCUGAAACAAAUCUACCUUGAAACAAAAGUAUUCACCUCACACACACAUGGUUAUGGGCUUAAAAAAAGAAGAUUCCUGUACCGUGUCAGAUAUAGAGUUGAAAUGUCUUACAUUUUGAGUUUGCAUCCCAGUAUUACACUUGAUAUACAUCACAGAAGACUGAAAAAUAACCAAACCGUUUGACAUAGAAACAUCGGAUUUAUCGGCUUACAAAAUAUAUUAAAUGUUUAUUAAUUAUGAAAA